AUGGUUUACUACUUUCAGUCCACAGUCGUGGACCCUCCUGCAUACAUCUACGUCGGUAAAGACAAAGUGGAAAAUGAGGACCUGAUCAAGUUCGGCUGGGAGGAAGACGUGUGUGCUCACGUCUAUCUUCGGAUGAAACAAGGAGAUUCAUGGACGUCAAUACCGAAAGAGCUCCUUGAAGAUUGCGCACAGCUGACGAAGGCUAAUUCGAUAGAAGGCAACAAGAAAGACAACGUCACCAUUAUCUAUACACCAUGGUCAAAUCUACGCAAGGACGCCUCGAUGGCAACAGGUCAGGUAUCAUUCCAUGACCCUAAGAUGGUCAGAAAGAUACAUGUACCAGCGAGACAGAACCCGACAGUCAACAGACUGAACAAGACCAAGGUCGAGAAGUUUCCUGACCUGUAUGCUGAGCGUGAGGCGGAUCAGAGGGAGAAGCGCAAGGCUGAGCGACUUGGACGUGAAGCGCAGAAAGCCAAGGAUCGACAGGAGAAGGUAGAACGGGAGCAGAAGAAGUGGCAGAAGGAUCACGCGUACGACGAUAUGUUUCGUGAAGAGAACAUGAUCAGCAAUGAAGACCGGGACGCUGGGUUUUAUGAGGACGACUUUAUGUAG